AUGGCACACGUCCGGAUUCGCCAGGAACUUCAACAGGAAUGUCAAGAGCGCAAGGCUCAGGGCAGCCAACUCUCUUCCCAGCUCCUCGAGCACGCGGAGCGCCUGGAAUGGGCCGAACAGCAGCGGAUGAAGGCCGAGAGUGCCCUACUUCAGGACCUUCGGGAAGCCAAGACGGAGCUGAAGCGCGAGAUCCGUGACAGGGAGGAGGGCCAGUCACAGGCGAAAAUGGGAGGAUCAGGUGAGAAUCAUAUGGGUGAUUUUCCAUUGCCAGCUUAA